GUAUAAAUAGGAGAAUCGGGUUAUUUAUACCUUCCUCGUGCUUGCGUUGCAUUUUUCAAGCUCGCAAUCCCAAGAGAAGCGAGCAAUUAAAAAACAAAUUCGACCUGAAAAGUGCCGAGCGAGUCUCUGUCGCCUCAUCAAACCGCACGCGCGUGCAAGCUCUGGAAAAAGCAGAACACGGCACGUAGAGGGAGAUAGAUAGAGAGUAGAGGGAGAGCAAAGCUCGCAAGCAGCAGCAGCCGCGCGCGCUUGCGCCCGCGUUAGUUACAUCUGUUGCGCGGUUGUUUGCAAGGGCAAAUCCCCUUCUCGGCCGCGCGCGUCCUGGAGAGGAGGCCCGCUGCUGCUCCGCUGCUGCUCCGCUGCUGCUCCGCUGGCGCGCGCCGCGCAGGUCGCGCGCAGGGGAAGAGGCUAGAGAGGCAGGCAGCCAGGCAGGCGCGGGAGACGCAUGCUCGGCGAGCCCCCGAGCGCCAAGUCAGUGAAGCGCGCGACUUUGUGCCGAGAGCACGGGAGCGCGAGCUCGCCGCGCGCCUGUUUACUCAUUCGCUCGACUCUCGCUGAUGCAUCCGAGCGGCCCCCGGGAGUUGCACGCAUUUUUUGAAUUUUAGAAAGAGCCCAACGGAGCAUGUCCGGGCAGUGCGCGCCGUAGAUCCAUCCGCCGCUCCUGCUGUAUGCCGCGCGUACGUGCUGUGCUUCUGCGUAAGUGCGCGUGCAUAAGUGUGCGUUGUAAUCGUUCUUAUCGAUGUAGUAGGUAGUCGCUUGUGCGAACUCGAUACUCGACGAGUUGAUGUUCCCUCGCGUCAUCCCGCGAGAGCGACUGUCGGUUGCCAGCCUCACCUCACUGCCAGUGUAGUGCGCGCGCGAGCCUCUUCGACGCGUACCCUUCCGAUUUUCCCCCGGCUGCCGAUCUCCAGCAGCUCGCACCAGCCUCGGGCUACAGUGAACCUUCGUGUUCCAGAUACUCCAGAGCUCGUCGCCAAGCAGCCUCGGCCGGGACUUGGUCAGCUAAGCCGCCGCAGCGGAGCCAGGAAAAAAGUGCACGAGAAUGGCCGAUUGCGAGGGAUGGCGAGGCAAGGAUCGAUCGGAAGUAGCAGCAGCAGCAGCAGCAGCAGCAGCAGCAGCGCGGCAGAGCACUGUCGACGGGCCGACGAGGGCGAGCCUGGUAGCGCCGGCCUCCUGCCGCUGAUCGUCGUCCCGCUCGGCUGGGACACGAGGUCGUCCGCGGACAGGAGACUCGAGCAGCACUAGCGGCGCUGCGCUUCAGGAGAGUUCGCAUCAGCGACAGCAUGCGCGAGUCUGCGGCGAGGCCCAGGACGCGCCGAGCCCGACGAAAGACUCGCAGAAGACUGGCCGCGAGCUCCUGCAGCAAGUGAGCGAGACAGUGCGUCGGCUGGAUUGCAGCUGAGGACGAGAGCUCAUAUCAUACCCGUGCGAACGGAGAGACACUCGCCCCCGUAUUCCUAUCGUUCACUGCGCUGUGUGAUUUUUUCUCGCGAGUGCGCGGGGAGAUCCGCUAUCCAGCGCGACAGAGUACGAGAAGAGUCUGGUGCGUGCGCGCGAAGAGAUGCGGCCUGACUGCUGAUAGCGCGCGGCCCGUCUCCGCUCAUCCAGACUGCGGGGCCCGAGGGAGCAAGCGCUUGGCCGUUGGACGAAUGAUGCUGAUCGGGCCGUGGUGCUCGCCGCGGAGAUGACCGGAAGGUCAGCAGGAGCCGCAGCAGCAGCAGCAGCAGCAGCAGCAGCAGACUUCGAAGCAGCAACAACAGCAGCCGCCGCCGAGGAGGAGGCGGACGAGCUGCCCGAGAGCAGUCAUCGAGGUCGUCGCCCGGGCAGAGGCAUCGGCGACGUCGAGGACGGGUUGCCGUCGGCCGCUCUGCACUCGCAGCACUGCCAUUGAUAGAGGGGGAAGGGACCCGCUCCCAGCGGCUCCUCCUCGCUUCAGUUAGCAGCGACAUGCCGACCGCCACGUCCAUCCAACGAGGUAUGGCGAGCGUCGGCAGCAACGCGACGGGAGCGACGACGACGGCGACGACGACGAGCACCUCCGUGCCGGAGGCGAGGCCGACGCUCAGCGAGCGCGAGCAGCUGAAAAUCGAAUUCUACAAGACCUACGACGUGAUGACGGGCAUCCGGAUAGCGGCGACCCUCGGCGGCUUCUUCAGCCUCAUGGUCCUGCUCGUCGUCUACAAGAGCAGGCGCAGGUGCAAGUCGAACCGGCAGCUGCAGGACCCGCGACUGACGGCGGCCGCGGAGGCGGCCGUGGCCGAGGCCGAGGCCGAGGAGCGGGCCCUCGCCGCGGCCCUCGAGGCGAUCGCCAGGCUGCCACCCAAGCCGGCGCGCGGACCCCGGAGAUCGCUCUGCGUCGAGCCGUUCCGCUCGCAGUACAUCGAGAGGCGGCUGCCGCUGGUCGCGCCGCGGUUCGCCUCGCUCGGCGGGGGCUACGACUCGCUGCUCGCGGCCCCGGUGCGCCGCGGCAGCAGCCGCCGGCUCCGGGCGAACCGGCGCUGCAGCUCCGUCACCUGCAGCAGCACCGCCAGCAGCUACCUCGAGCGCAGGGGCUCGGCCAUGGCGAUGCCCUGCCUGCCGCCGCCGCCGAGCUUCCCCAGGCACGGCGCGGCCUACGAGGAGUCCUGGGAGCUCUACCACCACCCCAUCGACAUCCAGGUGAUCCAGCCGACCCCGGAGCUCUCGCCGUGCGGCAGCGAGGCCGGCCUCUACGGCGCGCCGGCGGCCCUCCGCCAGCAGCAGCAGCAGCAGCAGCAGCGGCGCCGGCAGUACCGGCACUCGUCCUCCUACUCGUCCUCGAACGGCGCGAAGCCGAGCCCCCCGAGGCGCGCCCCCCUGGCCUCGAUGGGCAGCGUCGACCCGCCGGAGCCGGACUCGCGCUCGCUCGGCUCCGACUCUGUCUUCCUGGACGAGGCCGGCCGGCGCGCGGCGCCCGACACCGAGGACGAGGUCUCGGGCUUCUCGACCGACUCGUCGGACGGGCCCGGGGGCCGGCGCAGCUUCCUCGAGGUGCCGCCGAAGAAGAAGCGACCGCCCGAAAGGUGGGACGGCUGCGCGGGCUGCGUGCCCAGGCGGCGGCGCGCCAGCCCCGCGGCCUGCCAGACUUGCAUGACCAUUAGCGCCUCUGUCGAAGCACCCAGCAGGUCUCCGGUGCUGUCGACGACGACGAGCAGCAGCCAGAACAGUGUGGGCUUGGGCGGCGGUCUGAUGUCGCCGCCGUGCUCGACCUCUUCGCCGAUCGAGCUGAGGCACCGGCCGAGCAGCGGACCCUCGGGGACGUCGACGGCUAGGCCAUCCUCGUCACCGGCCGUCUGGUCGCAGGAGACGCUCUUCUAAGAGGCUGCUUGCUGUAUCGACGACUCGCUGCUGGCUGGACGUGCUGCGCGUUGCUCGAUAACAUCGGAAAGAAUCGAUGGGGAGAAGAGAAAGUCAGUCGUGUGUGGUGGUGCUGGUGCUGCUGCUGCUGCUGGUGUGGGAAACGCGGCAAUUGGAAUCUCUCUUCCUCGAUUGGUCCGAGCAAAUCGAAUCAUGAAUAAAUCAUUCCGGGCGGAAACCCUUUUCCGUUGAAAACAGUCAUUUUCACUUGGAGUCAAUUCAUUGCUGAACGCUGACGCGAACAGGAGAAUUUCAAAGAGAGGAUUCGCUUUACCUCCGACGAAUUGUAAUUUACAAUUCGUCAAUUCGUGACCUGAAAAAGAGAAGCUUUCAGCCGGAUUUGCCCCUCCGUCCACCCACAGAGCCGCUAGCUAACGCGAUUACGGCGCGCGCGACGAGAGGCUCAUUUCGCGAUUGGAGAAUAAGAAACAAACCUGCCCGAGAGACGAUAAUUAGUUUUCGCGAAUAAGCGGCGCACUAGGCGUUUCUCGCACUCGGUAGUAACUAGAGGAGAACCGGUCCGAUUACGCGCCGGAAAGGCGGAACAAAUGAGCGCAAAAACAAUGCGGCAUUCAUUUAAGUUUAGCGAAAAAAAAAAAGAAAAACGAAGAAAACGCCGCGUACAGAGCUUGUUCGUUCAACCGCGCAAUUCCACGCUCAAUUUCCCCCCCAAAAUCCCCGUGCGCGCACGCGAAUAAUGCAGCCAGAAUAAAGCUCGAAGAGAAGAGAGGCUAGCGGGAGGCGAAGCAGCUAAAAAUGAAAAAAAAAAAAAAAUAGCCCCGACGUUUUCUACAUGCGCACACGCAUGCAC